GCUGGGGUUGGUGAGGAGUUGCCACUUUCCCCGCUCCCCUUGCUUCCCUUUCGCUCAGCUUGGCCUCCUUCGCCCGACGUUUCAAGCGCAUAUACUGUUGCGUUGGCACCUAUCCAUAUCCCCUUUGGAAGACCGUAUAGGCAAAUGCUCGUGCUACCUUUCCAUCCUCUGCCUAUUCUACGAAGUGUUGUUUGAACAGGCUAUUUUGUUGACGUGCGCACGCACGAAACAAUGACCAGACCGCAGAUAAUCCGGGCAGAUACCAUCGACUUGCAGGGCAACCGUUUCCAAUCCAAUCAAGACCAGACACACAACCAGAGCCACCCAGCCUCGUCGGAAGGAAAUCGAACAGCACCCCACCAAACUCUUGCAAUGCAAAAUGCGGAGAAAGAGGCCAGGGAUGAAUUAGUUCAAAGCCCCAGGGUCUCUGGAGACCACAGGCACCCCGAUGACUCUGGGGACGAAAUGAAUGUCCAUGACGAGGGGGCGCAUCAUGACGGCGUUGAUCACUAUUCAAACGGCCAUACGUCGGCAGAUGAAGGAGAUACUACAGACGGCGAAAGCGACGACCAGCUGGAUGAUGAUAUGAUGGAUAAGAUAUCUAGUUCUCCAUCUAUUGAUGAUGUUUCCCUCUUUGCUGGUGGAGAUCAAAUGACUUACACGAAUAUAGAAGAUAUUGAUUUCGAAUUUGUCUACGCUCUACAUACUUUCGUAGCCACUGUCGAAGGGCAGGCGAAUGCCACGAAGGGUGAUACAAUGGUCCUUCUGGACGACAGUAAUAGCUACUGGUGGCUUGUUAGGGUUGUGAAGGAUGGUAGCAUAGGUUGGCUCAUCACAUCCGUAGAUUCCCUGAUGUCGCUACUAACAGUUUCAGGUUAUCUGCCCGCCGAACAUAUCGAGACCCCAACAGAACGCCUGGCGCGUUUGAACAAGCAUAGAAAUAUUGAUCUCUCUGCUACAAUGUUGGGGGAUAAUGCAGAAAAAUCAAAGAACCCAUUGAAAAAGGCCAUGCGAAGGAGGAACGCAAAAACUGUCACUUUCACCUCUUCUCCGGUUUACCGUGAACCAUCAGAUGUCGAGUAUUCUACCGAAGAAGAGGACGAAGCAGACGACCCAUUCUUUGACAACGACAAUGAUGAAGAAAAUGUUAAAUCAGACACCAAUGAUGGACAAGAAGAAUCCCAAAAUGAAAACAUCGUUGUCGAGCCUCUUCGGCCCAAAGUGCAAACAGAUAAUGACGGUUCAAACGCACAUGAAGCUGAGCCUGGCCGAGAUAGUAGUCCUGAGAGGGUUCGGGCAAGCGAGGAUUCAUUUGACAAAUUAGACGACAGCCCUGCUGGCAGGUCCCGCAACGGUGUGGUGCGGAACACAGAUUCGUUCUUCAAGGAUGAUAGCCUCGAGACCAAAAAGAUAUCACUGACUCCAAACCUCCUGCGUGAUGAUUCGAAUGAUAGAACUGCGGCCACAAAUGAGUCCAAAGAGGCGAAAGGACGUGGAAGCUUUGACGCCUUUGAUAAAAUCAUCCCCUCGGGAGACAAAACCAAAGAUGACAAAAAACGAAAGGAGAAAAAACCAGGCAUGCUUAGCGGCUUAUUCAAGAGGAAAGACAAGAAAAGUAAAACCAUCGAUGAUGAUAUGGAAGAGCCAGAGAAGAUCUCUGAAGAAUCGACACGCUCGACAACACCUCCGAAGACAGUUGGUGAAUCGCCGAAAGAAGAACGCCCGUCUUCAAAAUCCCAGAACGCAUUCCAACGACAUCCAAGCAAACUGCAGAAAACGCCACCCGAUGGUUCUCCCGUUAAAGUUGACAGCAUGCAAACAAUCGCCCAGCAAGGACUCAGCAAUGACUCCACUUCCAGAGCAUCUCCAGUGAAGGAUAUUUCCGGUACUUCAGUUCGGGUAGUUCCACCAGACGCACAAUCUGAUGUACCACAACCUCUUCGUGUCAGAUCUCCAGAAGCAACUCGUAUAAAACCGGCAGAUUCUACUUCUCGAGACCAAAUUGAUCCGAAUUCGGAUCUCCGGUUGAAAACCAUUUCUCUUAACACGUCGGUUUCUCCUGUUGACGUUUCAAAAACGCCAUCACCCGGUAUCCAAAGCACCCCGAGCAAGGAAACUGUUCGAUCCGCGUCUAUGCCUGAGGAAACGGAUGAAUCUGCGGAUUCUCCGGUUAACAUACCAUCUCCAGAGGAGCGAAGCCGUAAUAAUCCUCCGGAUUUGACAACAGAUACUUCGUCAAUUGAUGAGCCACACAAUCCAUCACCCUCCCCAACACCGUCUUCUCCCGAGCUUGUUGAACAGCCAGACGACAAGCUAGAAAGCAACAGCGCUCCGACUCCGUCAACCAAUACACCAACUUGGAGCGAGGCUAGCCUCCGUUCUUAUCUUGAUGAUGACACCGAUAUCCGGGAUCUCCUCAUCAUUGUCCAUGACAAGUCUAAUGUGGCAACGGCAGGCCCGGAUCAUCCGAUAACUGGAGGUCUAUUCAAGGAAGAGAGCAAGGGGCUUAAUGAAAUGUCAAUUCGGCUCGAUGAGCUGCUAACCGGUUGGGUGGCUCGGAAGUUGAGAGCGUCUAUGGCGAAAUAG